UCAAUUUAGGAAUUCAAAUUUCGAUUUUCGCUCCACAUAAUCUUAUCUGAUCUCUUCUUAAAAUACAUCUCAUCAAAUUACCAAUUUAGGGUUUUUUUAGGACAAUAUGUUGUUUUUAGUUUUACGAAAUUAAUUAUUUUGCUCGAAGUAUUGGAUUAAUUUAAAUGCCGUGUCCCAUUGUUUUUGCUAAUUACAUGUUUUCAUAUGACACGUGAUAGUUAACAGCAAUUUGGGGUGAAAAUAUUAGAUAAUGAAGUUUUUCGGUCAAAAUGUAAGCUGAGAAGACUUGAGGGGUUUGAGUGUGAUUUAGCCUUUCUUCUGGUGUCGCCUCCUCUUCGGUCGUUGGUCCAUUAACGAGUUUCUGAUAAGCGAGAAAAAGCCAUUCAUUUCCCGCCACGGGGAUGACACGUGGCAAUAUCUGAUAAGUCUAGACCUAACGGUAAUGUAUCGUACACGUCAGCUAGCUUGGUAAAAAAGAGUCAGGGCCCCACUUAAUACAAAUCGACAGGUGGUACAAAGCAUGGACAAUGUUCAUAUUGGUAUGGGCACUUUACUCUUCUUUCUUCACUCCAUUGGAGUUUGGCUUCUUCAGAGGAUUACCAGAGAACCUCUCCGUUCUCGACAUUGUUGGGCAAGUGGCUUUUUUUGUGGACAUUUUCUUGCGAUUCUUCGUGGCCUAUAGAGACAGUCGUACAUACAGAAUGGUGUAUAGGCGCAGCUCCAUUGCUAUCCGGUACUUGAAAUCGAGUUUCGUCAUCGAUUUGCUAGCUUGCAUGCCAUGGGAUACCAUAUACAAGGCUACAGGUAGAAAAGAGGAAGUGAGAUACCUCUUGUGGAUCAGGUUAUAUCGGGUGAACAAAAUCGUCGACUUUUUUCAGAAAGUGGAGAAGGAUAUACGAAUCAAUUACUUGUUCACAAGGAUUGUUAAACUUUUGUUCGUCGAGCUCUAUUGCACUCACACCGCAGCCUGCAUCUUCUACUACUUGGCGACGACUCUGCCUGCUUCCCAAGAAGGGUCCACAUGGAUCGGAAGCUUGAAGAUGGGCGAUUAUAGUUACGCUACUUUCAGAGAUAUUGAUAUUUGGACAAGAUAUACGACUUCCAUGUAUUUCGCAAUCGCCACUAUGGUAACCGUUGGUUAUGGAGAUAUACAUGCUGUGAACGUACGAGAAAUGAUAUUCGUUAUGGUCUACAUUUCUUUCGACAUGAUUCUAGGAGCUUAUUUGAUCGGUAACAUGACAGCUCUGAUUGUCAAAGGAUCGAAAACAGAAAAUUUCCGUGACAAAAUGGCCGAUAUUAUGAAGUACAUGAACAGAAACAAACUCGGGAGAGGCAUCCGUAAUCAAAUCUCCGGCCAUUUCCGCUUGCAGUACGAAAGCAGCUACACCGAGGCAGCUGCUGUUCAGGAUAUACCGAUAUCUAUUCGGGCUAAGAUUGCACAAACUUUGUACAUGCCGUACAUCGAAAAGAUCCCCCUCUUCAACGGGUGUUCAUCAGAAUUCAUAAAUCAAAUUGUCAUAAGACUUCAUGAAGAGUUCUUCCUCCCGGGAGAGGUUAUACUGGAGCAAGGUAGCGUCGUGGAUCAACUGUACUUCGUUUGCCAUGGUGUACUCGAGGAGAUAGGCACUACAAAGGAUGGAUCGGAGGAGACAGUGUCUCUUUUACAGCCCGAUAGUUCGUUCGGGGAGGUUUCAAUCCUGUGUAAUAUUCCUCAACCGUACACGGUUCGGGUUUGUGAACUAUGUCGGCUUCUAAGACUUGAUAAGCAAUCUUUUACGAAUAUUCUCGAGAUAUAUUUUCACGAUGGACGUAAAAUCCUCAACAAUCUCCUCGAGGAAAAAGAAUCGAACGUCCGGAUUAAGCAACUGGAAUCAGAUAUUACAUAUCACAUCGGUAAGCAAGAAGCGGAACUCGCGUUGAAGGUGAAUAGCGCGGCAUACUACGGAGAUCUCUACCAGCUUAAAAGCCUGAUCCGGGCUGGAGCUGAUCCGAAUAAGACAGAUUACGAUGGAAGAUCGCCUUUGCAUCUAGCUGCCGCUAGAGGGUAUGAAGAUGUUACACUCUAUCUUAUUCUGGAAGGAGUAGACGUCAACUCCAAAGAUAAACCGGGAAACACUCCGCUACUAGAAGCAAUCAAGAACGGGAACGAUCGAGUGGCAUCUAUACUAGCGAAAGAGGGCGCCUCGCUAGAUAUUGAGAAUGUGGGAACGUUCCUUUGCACGGUGGUUGCAAAGGGGGAUGGCGAUUAUCUGAAACGGCUUCUAGAGAAUGGGAUCGAUCCGAGCUCGAAAGACUAUGAUCACAGGACGCCUCUUCACAUCGCUGCAUCCCAAGGAAUGUACCUUAUGGCAAAGCAGUUGGUCGAGGCCGGUGCUUCUGUUCUCGCAAAGGACAGAUGGGGGAACACUCCUCUGGAUGAAGCCACGGCUUGCGGGAACAGGAACUUGAUAAAACUGCUCGAAGACACCAAAGCUUGUCAGGUUUCUUUUUCAUGUCCAAGCAGCUCCAAAGAUCUGAAAGAUAAGAUCCAUAGGAAGAAAUGUACGGUCUAUCCUUUCAAUCCGAACGAGAAGAGAAAACGAGGGGUCGUGUUGUGGGUGCCAGAAAGCAUGGAAGAGCUCAUUAAGAGAGCCGCCGAGCAUCUGAAGAUUCCAGAAGCUUCUUGUGUUUUGUCGGAAGAAGAUGGUAUGAUUAGUGAUGUAGAUUUGAUAAACGAUGGACAGAAGCUGUAUAUUAUAUAACCACUGAUUGGUAUCAAUCACUUUCAUUACACAAAACACCAAAAAGAGAGGUCAAAACUUAGUCUUGAAGAUCCAACGGUCGAUAUUUAGAGGCCUCACAUUAUAGGCGCAUUGGAUUGUAUGCUUCACACGAAUGUCUAGAACCAAACAUAAAUCUGUUUGUGGAUCUGUAUUGUCUGAUUUGAAUUUAUCGGAACGUAUAUCUUCAUGACUA